UUUAUGCUGACUUCACCCAACAGGCACCUGACCCUCCCAGAAGAGGUGGGAGGGGCUAAAGCCGUGUGCCGGGCCAUGGCAGGGGCGGAGGUGCAGCACAGACAAUAUUUAAGAUGCCGUCUUGGUAGAGCACUUAGGCUUGAGAAGGAAAGGGACAGGGCAUCCAUUACGCUCCACUUUCAGAAACUCAAGCUUUGAGGAAGGCUAAGGAAGACCAAGGACAGAGAAAACAGUUCAGUGUAAGGAGCCGUCCAGAGUGAGGGUAGAGGCUUGCCACGCUCUGCAGACCUCUCCCAGACAUAGCCAGGUUCCCCUAAAGGAAGAGGCCCCCCACCCAGGCCCACAGAAAAUGAUGACAAAGAUUCUCUUCACUGUGACUUGGCUCAGCAUUUUCAUCGUGGCCUUUGUCAGCCACCCAGCGUGGCUGCAGAAGCCCCCUAAGGGCAAGGCACCUGCACAGGUCAAAGCGGCCGCCUGCUGCCAGGAGGUGAAGGAGCUCAAGGCCCAAGUGGCCAACCUAAGUGGUCUGCUGGGCGAACUGAGCCAGAAGCAGGAGCGGGACUGGGUGAGCGUGGUCAUGCAGGUGAUGGAGCUGGAGAGCACCAGCAAGCGGCUGGAGUCGCGGCUCACGGACGCUGAGAGCAAGUACUCAGAGAUGAACAACCAGCUCGACAUCAUGCAGCUGCAGGCGGCGCAGACCGUCACACAGACCUCCGCAGAUGCCAUCUAUGACUGCUCUUCCCUCUACCAGAAGAACUACCACAUCUCUGGGGUGUACAAGCUUCCUCCAGACGAAUUCCUGGGCAGCCCCGAGCUGGAGGUGUUCUGUGACAUGGAGACUUCCGGUGGAGGCUGGACCAUCAUCCAGAGACGAAGGAGUGGCCUUGUCUCCUUCUACCAGGACUGGAAGCAGUAUAAGCAGGGCUUCGGCAGCAUCCGUGGGGACUUCUGGCUGGGUAACGAACACAUCCACCGGCUCACCAGACAGCCAACCCGGCUCCGAGUGGAACUGGAGGACUGGGAGGGUGAGGUGCGCUAUGCGGAGUACAGCCACUUUGCUGUGGCCAAUGAAGUGAACAGCUACCGCCUCUUCCUGGGGAACUACAGCGGUGACGUGGGGAACAACGCCCUCCUCUACCACAACAACACAGUCUUCAGCACCAAGGACAAGGACAAUGACAACUGCUUGGACAUGUGUGCACAGCUCCGCAAAGGUGGAUACUGGUACAACUGCUGCACGGACUCCAACCUCAACGGGGUGUACUACCGCCAGGGCGACCACAAGCAGCACCUGGAUGGCAUCACUUGGUACGGCUGGCAUGGCGCCAACUACUCCCUCAAGCGGGUGGAGAUGAAAAUCCGCCCAGAAGGCUUCAGGCCCUGAAAGGAGGCUGCUGCGGAGCAGGGCUGCGGCAAGGAGACACGAGCAGACUGAGGGCAGUGUGGGACAGGGAGAGGCUGUGGAAAGGGCAGGGUGGGCGACAGCCUGCAAGCUCAAGGACAGGGGAACUCUCUGAGAAGAGUUAAAGAUUUUAUUAUGUGUGCUGCUGAAGCCGGCACAUGCGCACAACGAAACAGUGUGUACCACGGAUGUCCCGUAAAUGGGACGAAGCACUGAAACCCAGCGGUUCCUGCCACAUACUGCUCAGGGGCCGGGCCGAGUGGGCUCACUCUGCCCCUCACCCCUGACAAAGCAACCAUUUAUUCAUUCUCUCUAAGUUAUGCGAGGGCAAAAACCAAACCCCUCUGCUAAAAAUGACUGUGCUAUUUUGAUUCUCAAAGAUGAGGCCUUGGGUGUUACAGAAAGGAGCAGAAGCGGGUGGUAGCGGAGAGGAAACUGCUUUUAAAUCAAAUGAAAUCAUCUUUAGCCUUUCAUCUUUUAAAACACAAAAGCUGUUGGGCUGGAGAUGAGCUGUUGGAGUCUGUUGAGGAGACUCCAGGGCCCUGGGCCUCUCGACUGGACCCUUGGAGCACCGUGCGGCCACGAGGGCCAGGGCAGCACCAAGAGGCGCAACGCGAGUCUGGCGCAGCAAGGGGCCGCCAGGGGCGGUGGGCGGUGGGCAGUGUGCACAGUCCCUCACACACACGUGCUGAGAGCCACCACGGCAGUCACGGUCAGCAGCGAUGCAUCCACUUUUACUGACUUUGUAAGAAAGGACCCAAAGAGCUUCCUUUUUUAUCCUGUCUAUACGAAACGGCUGCAAAAUGAAGACAGGUGGCGCUAUGGUUAACAAUUCACGCUGUAUAUGAGCAUCUUGCUUUGUAAAAAAUAAAAUAUGCUAGUGUGUGACUUAAGGGUU